AAUAGUGCCGACAAAGCGUGGUUUAGAAUAGAUUACCUCUCUCAAAAGGUGACUUUUCACUAUUCGCUAAAAUGGACUUUUAUGGUGAUUGUUCUACGGUUAUUUCUGUCUAGGCCAGUUCAGGCUAGACAAAGACCAAUUUCAGCAUAUUGA